UCAACAAAUCAAAAAACCAAAAUUAUCAAAAAAUCAAAGCUUUGUAUGGAAAUAUUUAAAAAAACCGAGAAUGAAAAAGCACAAUGUAUAAUUCCUAUAAUAAAAAAUGGAAAAGAAGAACCAUGCAAUGCAUCUUAUAAAUUCACAGGUUCUACUUCAAACAUGAAAUACCAUUUGAAUGUAAUGCAUAAUAAAACUGAAGACAAAGAAAAAAAAGUAAAUAUAAUUUUUGAUAAAAGAAUAUUAUUCAUAAGUAAUAUAUUUAAUUUUAAAAUUAAACUUAUAUUAUCGGAACAAAAAAUACAACAACCAACAAUCAGUUCAAUGUUUAGUAGAGUAAUACCUCAUGGAAAAUCACAGCAGCAUAAGUUGAAUGUGGCCUUACUUGAAUUUAUUAUUACUGAUUCUUUUUGUAAAAAGAAAUUCAAAAUAUAUGAAUAUAUGACAAUGAG